GCAGAGUGGUUGCUUCUUGGCUAUGAUUACGUGGCCGAUUUUUCAAACGUGAGAUUAGCGUGUACUAAGUGGAGUUGCCCAUGGAGAUAACGAUGGGUUAGUAGUCUCCGUCUUCGUCCUCUUCCUUCUUGUUUAAUAAUCCCUGCAUUAACUGAUCAACACAACCGAGAUGUUUGACAAAGAGAGAAGAAUACAAGGGAAUGCAGUGAACCAAGAGUUUUACCCAUUCCUCCUGUAUCCAGUUUAGUCGUUGCAGAAAAAUCUCCCCCUUUUUUUUUUCUUUAUCUGAAGAUUUGCUCCUGGUUCUUCAACUACUACCAAGAAUCGAGCUCCUGUUGCUUCCUCUAGCCUCUGUCUAGUCUGAAGCCUGAACCCUUGCAUGCUCCAGUUUCUGCACUGUGUGAGCAGAAUUAUUUCUGAAGUCUGAACAGCAGCCAAGCAAAAGAAGGCAUCUGACAGUAAGAUAUGAACACCUGUGUUUCAGGUGAAUUUGGCUGAUGAUUCUGCCCCUGUGUUCUGAUUUAUUCAAGACACUAGCAACUGAAUCAUCAGGUGUUGGUCGCGAAUAUCCCAGUGAUGGAUUCAUCGAGUUCUUUCGUGCUCGUGGUGCUGAUUCUCCAAGCUGUCGUGAUCGGUUGCUCCUCACUGGACGAGCUACCCGUUCAGCUUAGCAACCGGAGGCUACUUCAUGACAGAAAUCACGCUGCUCUACUCUACAAAGAUCAUUUCCCAACAGUUGGAAACAUGACGUUUCCAACAUCUCAUCAACUGCAAAAUGAUCCAAAUUACAAGCCUCUAGAUAGUUCAUCCCACCCUGCCGAGGCUUCUGCAAAUAAAGGAUCAAGCAAAGGAUUCAAGAAGUGGCUGUAUAUAGUUGUGAUUCCAGUGGCUGGUUUGAUUAUGCUUGCUGGCAUGGCAUGGAUGUUCUUGCCAUGCCGCAAGAAAUCCGUUGCGACUAUUGGCCCUUGGAGGACUGGACUCAGUGGCCAGCUGCAGAAGGCAUUUGUGUCAGGAGUGCCCCAAUUACAGCGUCCAGAACUGGAGCGUGCUUGUGAGGACUUCAGUAAUAUUGUGGCAAGUCAUCCAUACUACACUGUCUACAAGGGAACCUUAUCAUCCGGUGUUGAGAUCGCCGUUGUAUCGACAACGAUUAAAUCCAGCAAAGAUUGGUCAAAGCACUGUGAAGAUUGUUUCAGGAAAAAGAUAGAGUCGCUCUCACGAAUAAAUCAUAAGAAUUUCAUCAAUCUGCUGGGGUUUUGUGAGGAGGAAGAACCUUUCACGAGGGUGAUGGUGUUCGAAUACGCACCAAAUGGGACGCUUUAUGAGAAUCUCCAUGAUGAGGCCUUUGAUCACAUCGACUGGAGAAGUAGAAUGAGAAUAAUCAUGGGAAUAGCUUACUGUAUUCAGCACAUGCAUGAGCUCAACCCUGCCAACGUGCACCCUGAUCUGCAUUCAAGUGCAGUAUUUCUUUCUGAAGAUUGUGCUGCAAAGAUUGCAGACUUGAGUGUUUGGCAGGAAGUGGUUUCCGACGGCAAAAAGUCGACAGCGAAUAAUGAUCAUCAUGAACCAAUAUCUGCUAGACUGGCAGGGAACGUUUACAGUUUUGGCAUACUGCUUCUUGAAAUCAUCUCAGGGAAACCCCCUUACUCUGAAAACGAGGGCUCCCUGGCGAAUCUGGCUUUGGGGUGCAUUAUCAAAGGUCGGAGUAUAGCCUCCAUGCUUGAUUCAGUACUAGAGUCACACAAAGAAAAUGAGCUAGAUGUGAUCUGUCAGAUAAUCAUGGAAUGCAUCCAGAGUGACCCAACGAAGAGACCAGGCAUGAGGGAGAUCACCACAAGGCUGAGAGAGACCAUAGCCAUUUCGCCGGAUGCAGCAACGCCCAGAUUGUCUCCGCUCUGGUGGGCUGAAGUGGAGGUCCUCUCACCAGUGGAGCCAAGGUAGAAACAAUGAUAAAUGUGCUUCUGAAAAACCAACAUCCUGCAGGAUGACGAUCUUGCUGUGCAUACUGCUGUUCGUGCAACCUUUACCUUGUGCAACUCCCUGCCCAUGUUUGAUACUGCCCUUGUGCAACUCUGCUGCAAAUGUCAAAGAUGAGUACUUUCUGUGUGUCAUACUCCAUCCGUUUUCAAAUAACUGACGUUAGGCAAUAGGCACUAAUCAUUUUGAAAAUUUGGCCACUCGUCUUUUUUACAAAAAAAAAAGAGUUGCAAAUACGAGAAGGAAUAUUGUGCCACACUAUCAUAAUGUAUUGCAUCCUAAAAUAAGCAUGAUGCUUUAAUUCA